GAAUACUAUAGAAUUCUCUCCAACUUUCUCGCUAUAAUCAGAAACUUUACUCCACUCCCUCUAUGGAACCAUAGAAACCAGAACCGAGUACUCUCUCGAUCUUAUGUGAAAACAUGCCCAUCACCAACCUAUCUCUUCUCUUCAAGCCCUUCAUCCUCUCUCUAUUCCUAUCACUCUCAUGCCUUCUAUUCUUAGCAUCCAAUUCUCCCCUCCAUCGCAAAACCAAAUUCAACCAGACCCAAACACAACUCUCCAGCGACCUCCGUAUCCGACCCGGUUACUCGUCCUACGAUGCGUACAUCGAACACCAGCUCAACAAAACCUUGAACCCUAAACUCCGCCAAGUAUGGAAGACGCGUGACUGGGACCGCAAGGUCCGAGUCUUCGCCAAGUUCUUCGAGUCGUUUAAGCGAAGGAACCUUUUGUUUAACGAGUCAAAGGCCUUAUCUAUUGGCGCCCGGGUCGGGCAAGAGGUGGCCGCAUUGAAGCGGGUCGGGGUUUCGGACUCGGUCGGUAUGGACUUGGUGCCGCGUCCGCCACUUGUAGUGAAAGGAGACUUCCAUGCCCAGCCGUUUGAGAACGGGACUUUCGAUUUUGAGUUCUCGAACGUGUUCGAUCACGCGCUGUAUCCGUGGAAGUUUGUUGGGGAGAUCGAACGGACGUUGAAGCCCGGCGGGAUUUGUGUUCUACACGUGGCGCUAUCGCGACAAACGGAUAAGUAUUCCGCGAACGAUUUGUUUAGUGUGAAGCCGUUGGUGGAGUUGUUUAAGGUGUCGGAGUUCGUUGAGGUUAGGAGGGUUGAUGGGUUCGGGCUUGACACGGAGGUGGUUUUUAGGAAAAAGAAGGUGAAUAAUUAAUUUUAUUAAUUUUUUUUUCUCUCUUGUUAAAGUUCUUUUUAAUAUAUUUUUUGUUCAUUACAUUGUUGGAGAUACGAAAUUGAUUUAUAGAUUAAUUUUUAUGUUUUUCCUUA